AUGCCUAAAGCCACUGUAGCUGUUGUUGGUGCUGGCCCUUGCGGACUCUCGAUGUUGAAGCAGCUGCGCGAAGAUGGCUUCUCCGUCACGGGAUUCGAGCGCCGAGAAAGGGUUGGUGGUCUCUGGGCAUACUCGGAGGACCCUUCCCACACGACUGCAUUGCCCAGGACUGUCGCCAACCUGAGCAAGUACACAUGUGGCUUCAGUGAUUAUCCGAUGCCAGAAAGAUACCCUAUAUUCUUGAGAUCAGACCAGUUCCGGGAGUAUUGUGAGGACUACGCCCGUCACUUUGACACGUUGAAGGACUGGGUCUUCAACACAUCUGUCAAAAAGGCAUCCCGCAAUGCAGACGACACCAAGUGGUGUCUCGAGGUCGACACAAAAGGCGGCCAAGGUCCCCAGACACUCGAGUUCGACAAGGUCGUCUUUUCCCACGGCUACCAGACGAGGGCAAACAUACCUCAGUUUGAGGGGCAGGAUCAGUUCGAGGGCCUCAUCAUACACUCACAACAGUACCGAAAGCCCGACGCCUUCGCCAACAAGCGCGUCAUCGUCCUGGGCCUCUCCUCGACCUCUGCCGACAUCCUGCCCGACAUCCUGCCCCAUGCUGCACACCCCGUGUACGCUGCCCACCGGCGCGGGGCCGUCCCCUUCCGCAGGUUUCGAAAAGGUGUGCCGACCGACGCACUGGCGACCUGGCGGCGGCGGCAGAUCACCCACUCUCUACAAGCCCACCUCCCCAACUUUGCCCGCGUCUGUGGCGACCUGGCCGUCAAGCUCUACAUCAGGCUCUCGUACCCAAACCUGGACCCCGAGUGGCGCCUCACCGACAUCGCCAGCAUCGCGCUCAAGGUGCCUGGCGCCCUCGCCUUCGACAGCGUGCUGCCCUGCCUGCGCGACGGCAGCAUCCAGUCCGUGCACGGCAUCAAGAGGUUCCUGGGCCCCAAGAAGGUCGAGCUCCUGGACGGGAUGGUGCUGGACGACAUCGACGCCGUCAUCAUGUGCACGGGGUACAGCGCCGACUUCAGUGUCGUGGGGCCUGACGCCCUGGAGACCAGCCUGCCGACCGCACACGGAUAUGCUGCUGCUGCUACACAAUCCGAGGGCGGCGGUCGUGGUGACGUCGAAAUGUACCGCCUGUGGAUGAACAUCUUCCCUCCCAAAUACGCCGACUCGCUCGCGAUGCUGUGCUACUCGGCCUUUGGCAAGUCCAACGGCUUCAGCUUCGCCGACGUCACCUCCAUGGCCGUGUCCAAUGUCUUCCGAGGCGCACACCCUCUGCCGUCACGCGCCGAGAUGGAAAGGUGGGUGGACGAGCACCAGGCCUGGGUCGCGUCGCGCUGGAAGCUGGACCACAGCAUCGACACGAGCAUGGUCAGGCAGUGGGAGUACCAGCGGUGGCUGCACGACGCCGCGGGCACCGGCAUGGAGAACCUGAGCUGGAUGGGCUGGAAGGGCUGGAAGUUCUGGUGGAAGGACAGGAAGAUGUACAACCUGAUGGCCAACGGGAUCGAGUCGGCGCACAUGUACCGGUAUUUCGAGACGGGCAAGAGACGAACGUGGGACGGGGCCAGGGAGGCCAUCCUGAAGCUGGACGAGGAGAGGAAGAGGGUGCUGCCUGUCACGCCGGAACAAGAGAAGGAGUUUGUGCAAGAUAUGAAGGGUUGA